AUGACCGAAUACGGCUUAAUACAAGCCUCCAAUAGCGAUGAAUUCUUGGAACAACAACGACAAGAAGAAGCAGAGGAAGAAGGAGGACCCAUAUCCUUCAUACUGGAUGACGACGACGAAGUUUCCGAGGACAAUGAUGUCGACGACCUAACUAAUGGUGAGAUUCAUUAUUCAGGAAGAAUCACUGUGGACGAAGCGAUUGAGCGACUGGGAAUGGGACGCUUUCAAUUGUACAUUCUCAUUGCGGCGGGCUUGAGCUUUGCCAGUGAUGCGAUGCAAGUCAUGGUGCUUUCCUUUUUGGGGGAAGUCCUCAAAGUGGAAUGGAAUCUGACGGAAGAGGAAACGGCCAUGAUUUCCUCGAUUCUCUUUGUGGGAGCCAUCUUUGGGACUCUUAUGUUGGGGCCAUUGGCAGACAAGAAGGGAAGAAAGCCAAUCUUUUUAAUAUCGGCAUCGAUUAUUUCGAUCUUUAGCUUGGCAGUCUCCUUUGCCACGAGCUAUCGAAGUGUCCUGGCAUUGCUCUUUUUUGUGGGAUUUGGAGUUGGGGGAUUGACGGUACCAUUUGACAUUUUGUCAGAGGUGCUGCCAGCAGCUUCCAGAGGAAAGAACUUGCUAGUGAUUGAAUACUUUUGGUCCACUGGUGUCUUGUUGGUGGUGGUCUUUGCCCGAUCCACAUUGGGAACCAAUGGCGAAUCUGGAAACUGGCGUCUCUUUGUAGUCUUGUCGGCCAUUCCAUGUUGGAUUUCGGUCAUUGUUGGCUACUUUUUUGUCCCAGAAAGUCCCAGAUGGUUGUGCACACAACCAGGACGCGCCCAAGAGGCUUUAGACAUUAUUCGAAAAGCGGCCGAACGGAAUCGCAUCGAUGUGGAUUUCAACUUUCCAGCCACUCUGCAAAUUGCGCAAGAGACGGAAGAAGAAGAAUCGGACUUUUGUGAAUUAUUUUCCGAAAAGUGGCGCUGGACAACUAUCAAACUAUGGGGAGCCUGGGCAGCUUUUGCGUUCGCCUACUUUGGUACAAUCAUGACCAUUACCGAAAUAUUUGAUGAUUCCGAUCCUGAUGGUUCUAACGAUUUUGAUUAUGGAGCAAUCUUUGUCUCGAGCUCAGCCGAAUUGAUCGGUACAACGAUUGCCAUUAUCCUGGUGGAUGUUGUGGGCCGAAUACCCCUUCAGGUCAUGUCCUAUUCUCUGGGAGGCGUCAGUGUUUAUGCUCUUUGCCGAUUUGCAGAAAAGGGCAUGCCUCGGAAUACCCUGCUCGCUUUUAGCUUUGCAGCACGAAUCUUCGAAAUGAGUGGAACCUGUGUCACUUGGAUAUCUACCGCGGAAAUCCUUACUACCGAGGUCCGGACGACAGGACACAGUGCCGCAAAUGCCGUGGCCAGAAUAGGAUCCAUCAUUGCCCCCUUUCUAGUCCAAGGUGAUUCUUCAUUGGCCACCAAAGGCCUGGUCAUGUUGGGAGUGCAUUCACUCGCUGUCCUUUGCGUAUCCCAGCUUCCAGAAACCAAAGGAAGUCACAUGGGUCAUACACAGGUUCCAGACUCGAGCGAACAUCUUGACGACGACAACGACGAUUAUCUCGAUCAUGAAAGCAAUGCUACUUCUUCUGGUAGCAUUGACAUGGUACCAUCAUGA